AUGGACGUGAACGUGGACGUGGACGUGAACGUGGACGUGAACGUGAACGUGGACGUGAACGUGAACGUGAACGUGAACGUGAACGUGAACGUGGACGUGGACGUGAACGUGGACGUGAACGUGAACGUGGACGUGGAUGUGCACGUGGACGUGAACGUGAACGUGGACGUGAACGUGGACGUGGACGUGGACGUGGACGUGGUCGUGGACAUGGACGUGGACGUGGACGCGGACGUGGACGUGGACGUGGACACAUGGUCGUGGACCUUGACGUGGACGUGGUCGUGGUCAUGGACGUGGUCGUGGACGUGGACAUGGACGUGGACGUGGACGUUGACGUGGACGUGGACGUGGACAUGGACGUGGACGUGGACGUGGACGUGGUCGUGGACAUGGACGUGGACGUGGACGUGGACGUGGACGUGGGCGUUGACGUGGGCGUGGACGUGGACGUGGACGUGGACGUGGACGUGGGCGUUGACGUGGUCGUGGACGUGGUUGUGGACGUGGACGUGGACACGUGAACGUGAACGUGAACGUGAACGUGAACGUGGACGUGGACGUGAACGUGGACGUGGACGUGGACGUGAACGUGAACGUGGACGUGGACGUGCACGUGGACGUGAACGUGAACGUGGACGUGAACGUGGACGCGGACGUGGACGUGGUUGUGGACGUGGACAUGGACGUGGACGCGGACGUGGAUGUGGACGUGGACGUGAACAUUGA